AUGCAUCAAAACAAGAGCGACAGUCAGGAUGGCUUUUACAUCCCUUUCCGCUACAAGAGCAGAGUCUACAAGCAACCCGAUGUGGACGAGAAACAGAUUGCCAAACUUCACACAAAGGCCAAUCUGAGGAAGUUCAUGGACCUCAUCCAACAUAAUCAGGUGGACAAAGUGUUGAAGCUGCUGGAGAGAGGCUUCGAUCCAAACUACCAUGACAGUGAGACUGGUGAGAGUCCGCUGACAUUCGCCGCUCAUCUGGACAACAUGGUGGAGAUGAUCAAGGUUUUGAAGAAUGGAGGCUCUCACCUGGACUUCAGAGCUAAAGACGGCAUGACGUCUCUGCACAAAGCCGCUCGCUCCAAGAACCACGUCACACUCACGACGCUGCUGGAGUUGGGGGCUUCUCCGGACUACAAGGACAGUCGUGGUCUGACCCCUCUGUACCACAGUGUGGUGGGGGGGGGGACCCCGGCUGCUGCGAGCUGCUGCUCAACCACCACGCCUCCGUCUGCUGCCAGGACGAGAACGGCUGGCACGAGGUUCACCAGCUGGUACAUAUUACCAAAGCACAAGUAA